CUUUGGUCCGUAUCUUCAAAUCUGUCUUCUUGACCUCAAAAUCCUCAACAUAGCCUGGAGCACAUCUUGGAAAUCAAGAUGGUCGAUAUCGUGUUCCUAGACCUCCCUGGCGAGAUUCGUAACCAAAUAUACAACCACCUUCUCAUUGUACCUGCUAUCUCAAAGCCACGGCUUCUUGGUGAUCCUCCGAUGUAUCCUCAAAUCCUCUCCACAUGCCAUAAGAUUCACGAAGAAGGGAAGCAGAUCCUAUAUGGCGGCAACACCUUCCUCGCACAUCCCAACCUUCUCUCUGACAGGCCGCGAUUGCGACUCUACUACGACGCCAUCUCCUCCUCGAGUCUGAUCUCUCUGAUCUGCAAGUACCACAUACGAGUCCGUCUAGACUGUGACCCGAACUUCUCUGUACAUAAAGCCAUAGCCGCUUUUACGGGGGUGGAAGAGUUGACAUUGGAAGUCUUCCAAGCACAAUUUGGGAGCUCGGAUAAUAAAGUGCUACGUUUGUUUGAGGGUAUAAGAGGUGUGAAGAAGGCUAGGAUAUAUGGAAGUGUCACCGACUUUCCAGAAUAUGUGCGGUGGCUGCAGAAUUCAAUGAUGUUGCCUGUGGGGGUAGAGGUGGAGCCGUUUGAUAAGGAGAAAAUUGGGCUCAAUCAGGUGAGCGGCUAUGACAUUUGGACUCACGGUGGUCGGUGAUCGAGCCUAAGGUCGUAUGGCACUCUGCAGUUCUCAUCUGAUCGAACGAGAUGAUUGCUACGUGUCAGGAGGUGGGAGGAACUACCCUCUCUCCCAGGACAUUUAUAGACCGUGAAGCUGCAAGGCCCAUUCCGAUGGCUUUUCUGAUUCAACCCUUUGCU